AUGAAUGGUGAUGAUAUCACUGACUAUGUUCCCUCACUUUUGAAUCCAAGGGGAGUAAGAAAACUUGAUGCUGAUGGUGAUAUAUCAUUAACACAGCAUUCAAUUGUAAGCCGCUCCUCUCUAUCGCUCAGAAGAAAUAAUGGAUUGAAACUUAAAUCUAAGAAAAGGAUUUAUCCAUCGGUAAACAAAGAAAAUUCGCAAAAUGUACAAAACUUGCUUUCUCAAUGUACUCCUACCAAAGAUAUACCAAAGACCGUCGACAGACACAGCCUAGGCUUGUCAGCUAUUGAAGACCUGCAGAGUGAAGGCAAUCAGUUUGAUAGCUGCUCGUUCUCCCUCGCGAAUGCUCCCAUCAAACCGAAAUUGACCAGCGUCACCACUCCUUUAGUGUCCGUGUCCUCCCACACAGAACUAGAACGAUGUGGCGACUGUGGGGACUCCAAAACUGCUUCCACAGUCAUUGUAAAUAAUGUUAAACCUACCAUCUCGGUGUCCUUCGGCAUCGACAACUGCCAAAGUGUUGAUGUCAAAGCCAAAAAGAGCUCCAUAAAGAGAAUUCUAUUCUCCCAUAAAAACGACAACACAUUGGUCGAUUGCGAAAUCGUAGAAAGAUCACAGGCGAGCUCAGAAAGUGAUAUUGACGAGAACAUGAACGAACUCCUUUCCCCUAACUCUUUAAAGAGGUCCGCCGUCACUGUCAAUCUAGAAAUUAAAAAGAAAAAGCCGUCAUCCACGGAGACAGCAGAAAACAAAGUUCUAAUUUUAAACACAAGUGCCAUCGAGAAGAUAUCCCAUGUCAUCGUUCAACCACCAAAUUACAAAUUAGUGAAGGGGAAAAUUUUGGACAAAAACAAAUUUAAAAGCAGCAAUAAGAAAAACUCAGUGUUAGGAUUUAACGUUAAUUAUGGAAAUGUGCGUGAUAGAUUGAAGCAGAAAUCUAUUGACAGUUUUUUCCCUAAACGUACGAAUGUUUUAAACUUGAAAGUAUCGGAAGGGAGAAGUCUAGCUGAGCCUGUGUCUGACGAGAAGACUCGAGUGAAUAAACAUGGUGAUGAGGAGGUCAUGAGUAGGAAUUCAGGUGUCGCUGACGCCAUUAAAAGCGAUAGAAUUCGUAAAUCGCCUUACAAGGCAUCUCGGAUUGAAAAUGAAGCGUCAAUUAGGGCGACAAGAGUUCUUUCUCCAGGGAAGGAAGUGUCUCCUCGGCCGGAGAUUAAGACUUCAUGUUCGUCUCCUCGAGGAAAGGAAAGCCCCAGCUCGCACAGUCCCCGGAAGGGUGUAGAGUCUAUUCACUUCAGUUUGCCGCCCAAGUCUGUGUCUACGAAGAGAUCUGUGUCAACAAGGAAUAUACCGCACCAUAAGAUUGUGGCAGGCACACACUUUGCGGUGGACGCAUUCUCGUACGGGGAGAUUCCAAACGUGAAGCACUACUUCCUCACACACUUCCACUCAGACCAUUAUUCGGGCCUGAAGAAGGGCUUCAAUAAAUUAUUGUUUUGUUCGAAAAUUACCGCUGAUCUGUGCAUAUCGCGGCUGGGCGUGAGUCCAAAGUGUAUCCACAUGAUUAAGACCGACGAGACUAUUCGGAUCGACGGCGUCGAGGUUACCGCUGUGGAAGCUAAUCACUGUCCGGGGGCAGUGAUGUUAGUGUUCACACUGCCCAACGGUAAGACAUUGCUCCACACGGGAGACUUCAGAGCCUCACCCAUCAUGGAGUCCUAUCCCGUGUUCUGGAAUAAGGACAUACAUACCAUCUACUUGGAUACCACAUACUGCAACCCGCGCUAUGACUUUCCCACCCAAGAGCAGAGUCUGGAGAUGGCACUGUACAUACUGCGGCAGAAGAAAGUGGCGCUCGAGAAGGUCGGCAAGAAAUUUUCGUCCGUGCUCAUUGUUUGCGGGACUUAUACUAUCGGCAAGGAGAAGUUCUUCCUAGGCAUGUCCCGGCGCGUGGGCUGCUCGGUGUGGGCGUGCCCGGAGAAGGACCGCGUGCUGCAGGCCGUGGAGGGCCGCAGCUUCAGCCACGCGCCGCCCCACGCCUGCCAGCUGCACGUCGUGCCCAUGAGGGACCUCACGCAUGAGAAACUACGCAGCUACCUGGACAGUUUGAAGGGCGCGUUCUCAGAGAUAGUGGCGUUCAAGCCCAGCGGCUGGGAGAAUGGCAAGUCCAGCAGUGUCGAGAGAGAUAUGGUCACCAUACACGGUAUCCCGUACAGUGAGCAUUCAAGUUUCUCGGAGUUGAUUCGGUUCGUGAAGUUCCUGAAGCCGAAGCAGGUGGUGCCCACUGUCGACAUCUCCGGCGGAGUCAGGGCCGUACAGAAAUACUUCCCCUGUCCGCUGGUGCACAAGGAGGAGCUCCAGUGUCAGAGCAAGGUCACGGACUUCUUCAGCAUACAGAACCAACAACAAGUGCCGGCCGUCACCUGA